GCAUGCGUUCCGAAGGUGGGCGGAUGCCGCUGUCCACGUCAAGGACACGUAUCCUCGAGCGGCGCGUCCGAGAACAAUGAGGAUCUCGGAACGGCCGUUUCGCUACGAUGCUGGAAUGCCGUGCUGGGAAUGCAAGCUCCGAGCCGUGUCGUUCUGCCCUUCGCCCGCGCCGUCGUCAUCCGCGUCGUCGUCGCCGCCGUCGCCGCCGUCGUUGUUGUUUAGCUCCGCUGAAACGUACGACCGAAACCUGGGCUGCGUCGCGAAUGCACACGCCGUGGGAAUAAAUUGGCCGGAGUGUUAAGCGAGGCUCGUUCUCGUCCGUUUGCGACGGUUAGAAAGGGCGAAGGAACGGAAUCGGCGGCGAGGAAAGAGAAUAAGAAGAGGCUAACGAGCUGAACAGGAUGAGUCAUUUCGAUUGGAAGUUGCUGCGCCGGAAGAAGGUGAUACCGGCGGACCGCCGGCCGCCGGAGAAGGAAGAGACGUGGACCCUGGCUGCUGAUCACCAGGGCCCGUGCGUCCUCUUGGACGAUACCGCCGACCCCAAGGUGAGAGACGCGCAUAGUUCCGAGAAAGCGCAAUCGAAACCGCCUGCGGAAGCAAUAUCCGCGGACGCGAGCGAUACCGUGGACAACACUUUGCCGCGCAGCCAGGAGACCAGGAAGAGCAAGACGAAGAAGGUGAAGAGCUACCUGAAGAAGUGCAAGGGCGCGUUGUCGAAAGGUGAUGAGAGCGUCACGGAGAAGAGACGCCAGGAGAACUGCACUUCGUGGUACUUGGAGGACGUUCCAACCUGCGCGAGUCAGCAGGAGGAUCGUGACGAGCCUCCGGAGAAGUACACGGAAUUCCCCGAAGAGAGACUCGAGGGGGCGGCCCGCGACGCCGAGCCCGCCGAAGAUCCCGCGCCUGAAACGCUCGAGGAGAAUUUCUCGAGAGGCGAGAACCUUGAGGAGACCCCGCGCGAGGCUCUCACCAGGCUAUUGGAGGAGGACCGUCGGGCCGAUCUUGGCAGAAGCAGGACGUCUCUGUACGAGGCCGCGGGAGACGCGAAUCCGGAGCAGCCCGUCUCGGACGGGAAAACCCCAACGAGGGCACCGGAGCCUUUCCGCGAUGAGGUGAAAAAGGACGCGGCGGUCUCGCUCGAGACACUGACGACGGAGGACACGAAUCUGAACAAGUGCGACUCGAGCGACACGUUGAUAGCAGAAGUGCCGGAGGUAACCGAGAACGCGACGGAUCUCAACUCGGAGUCGACGAUCAUCGCGAGGGAAGAGGGAAACGCGCCGAGAGAGCCCGCGGACGAAGAGUUACCGGUUCCUGCGUGCUGCGGGAAUCGCGGAGACUUCGCCUCCCUCGUCCGGAAUUUGCUCGGACCGAUUUACGGCGACAGUGUUAUGAAUCUACUGAUAAGACAAGCACGGGAUAUCCUAGUUUGCGCUUAUCAUGGCAACUUGGAGAACUUUGUCCGGACUUAUCUCUCACCUGCCGCAGUCCUGCUAGCGGAAGUCAAGAAUGUCGCCUCCGAAACGGUGAGUUUCUUUACAAUGAUGAUUGUGCCAUUAGUGUAUUAUCCUCAAACGUUCACAGAACGACGGUAAAAAAAAAGACGCAAUUAAAGAA